AUGUCCGAGGAGGGCAUCGACUCGUUCGUCGUCCGCCAAUCAGGGGAAGAGUCUAAGCCCAUUGUAACUCCUGAGUGCCAGAAAAAACAACGAUCUGAACUCCUUUCAAAACUUCGCAAAGAACGAUCAGCGCAAGCGGCAAAAGAACGUCGCGCGAAUGAAAACCACGAAUAUGAAAAAAUCAAGAAACUUCUCCCCAUCGACGAAGUGGCUGCGAAUAAUCUGGACAAAGCAAGUGCAAUUAGAAUAACGAUCGCGUUUCUGCGCUUAUGCAAAUUCGCGGGGAGUGGACUCACCGACUGGAAUCUUCAUUUCAAGGAGCCGCCAUACGAUGACGAGCAAAUGCGACAACAUCUUUGCAAAUCUACUCUUCAGACGAUGGACGGUUUCCUGAUGGUGAUUUCUACCGACUGCAAGAUCCUCUAUCUCUCUGAAACUGUCCACGAUCAUCUCGGCCUGAGCUGGACGGAUUAUCCCGGCUCGGCUGUUAGCGAGCUGAUUCCGCACCCAGAAGACCACCAGGAGCUCAAGUCGCUUUUGAGGGGUCUUCACAACUUGGCGCUCAAAGAUGAAAACACGACGGACUAUGUCAACAUCGUCCUCCGCUUCAAAAGUCAAAAAGAAAAGCGCAACACUGGUUUGACCAAGGGAAAACUCGCCUAUCCAACAAAGGCCUGUCAAGUGGUCGGUUACUUGCGGUAUUCGGAGCAUGAGAACGCGCGGGGCCUCGUCUGCGCGGUUUACCCACUUAUGUUGACAAACGUCCGGGAUAUGCCCCUUCCGCCAAAUAGUUUCUACGUUCUUACGGAUGACAAAUUUGUGGUCACCAAAGUCGACAGGAGCGUUUCGACAUAUAUCGAACUGGAGCAAGAAGACAUGAUCGACGUGUCAAUCUAUAGCAUGAUCCACCCGGAUGACGUGGAUACCCUUAUCGAAACGCACAACCAAUUCCUGCAGAAAUCCCAGGGCGCGACCCGCUACUAUCGCUGGCUGCAACGCAAUAAUGGUUAUGUCUGGUGCAAAUCCACGCUUUUGCUAGUUCAAAAGAAAGAAAGAGAGCUUAUACUCUGGAUUAACCAAGUUAUCAGCGAUCGACCAACUGACCCGUCUAAUGGAAUUGAUCUUUUUCAACGAUUCCCGGCCGAUUUUAAGACUUCCAAAAACUCUUCACAAGCAAUGAGCGACGCUAACUUGCUGAGCAUCGACCAGGGGGAGAUCUUUGAAGUAGAGCAAAUUCAACAAGACACGAAGACGGAGACGAGCGGUUAUCACGGCCCGGUCGACCCGGGUUUCGAAACCGGCGAAAGAGUUUCGAUAAGUCCGCAGAAUAAAACGCAGGUCUUUCCGAAAGAAUAUUCUCCAGGAAGCUCGCCGGAGAGAAUCGGCGAUUCGGAGUCGAUAAUCCUCCAAGAAGCUAGCGCAGAAUCGAGCAGAAAUCAACAAGGAUUAACCUCCGAAAAUCUCCAGCACAACAUCGCCAAGUCUCCUAAUCUAGCCAUCGUCGAAGAAGACGAGAAAAACAUCGCGACUUACAACCGACCGCCGAACAGUGACAUUUCCAGCAUCAUGAGGCAGCGUAAUUCCUCUUCGAAUCCCCACGAAGGGCAUCAUAGUAGCACGCCGAUUGUUCAGCUACCAAAGAUGAAGAAACGCAUUCCUUCCGAGCCCUUCAAAAGACCAGUUGUUAUUAUGCAACCGCCUGCAUUGAGAAACGAGCCCAUUGGAACAAAGCAUCACUUCAAAGACCGCGGCGAUUCUUCCCAGCCGAACGAAAAGUACCGAAAAUCAGAAGAUGGAACAAAACUUCCUCGUCCAAAGUUCAAACAUCCAAGCAACCGACCACGGGAAACUCUUCGUUCCUCCCUGGAUGAGCGAAAUCCGGCGAAUCAGACCUUCGAGGGGAACGAAAGUGGCAAGUACUCGCCGCAAAAGGUGCGCUUGCCGCAGAACAAACGCCCCGAGCAGCUGAAUAUUGCUGUCCAUCCUCAAGAUCCACAAGUGUUAAAUCAAGUAGCGGCUGGACCGGGGCUGCACUUCGUCACGCCGAACGGGCAAGAAGUGAGCUACCACACUGGCGAGAGCGGCGUGUUGCCCGUCUCGACGAUCCCAUUCUACCCCUCCACAACGCAUGUCCAGCGCAACGUCGAACAGCGCCAGAAUGAUAAAGUUAUUUACUACGUGCCAUGUCAUCGUGAGACUGAUGAGGAAAACAAGCCCAAAUACGUCCAUGUUCCCGAAUUGCCCAUCAUGGUCAAUCGAAACGGGCGGCUAGAGCCCGAAGUCGCCGAUCAAAAUCAAAGCCCAAAUCAACAACCGGUUCAACCGCAUACUCCAAGCGCACCGGCAGUUCAACACGUGAUGUACCUGGCAAGUCCAAGUUCGACGCAAGCUGGUUAUAUCCAACACGCGCCCUCGCCCUUCAUAGGAAUUCCUUAUAUCACCCAAACUCCUCAACAUGCCCAGCAGACUGCCCCUGCCGUGGUACUCGUUCCCCAGCCAGCCAAUAGCCACAAUUUCAACGGCCAACAUCUUCAGCUUAUCCCUGGACCGGCUCCAAUAGGAAAUUAA